AUGGAUUCGUCGAGUGAAGAAGAAACGCUAGCCAUGAUAAUGUUGGUCCACAUAUCGCAGUCGCUAAAAAAGAAGAGAAAGCCUAAAUCGGUGUGGGUCCGUAACUGGAUUCUUAGGCGGAACACGGCUGGAGCGUAUAAUUCGCUUCUUCGAGAGCUUGAACAGGAAGAUCCAAGGUCACUGAAGAAUUUUCUCCGUAUGGACAAGGCGAAUUUUGACAUUUUGUUGGAGAAAAUUUCUCCAUACAUCGAGAAGAAGUGUACCCCCAUGAGAAACAGUAUUCCCGUUGGAGAGAAACUGGCACUCACCUUACGAUAUUUAGCAAGCGGUGACAGUUACAGCUCCCUUCAGUUCCUGUACCGGGUGCCACGGAAUACCAUCUGCAACUUUGUUCCUUGUGUCUGUAAAGCCAUCUAUGAUGUUCCUACUACUGAACGUAACUGGCGCAACAUUCAGGAAGAAUUCAUGGCAAAGUGGCAGUUCCCCCACUGCAUUGGUGCAAUUGAUGGCAAGCAUAUUGCAAUUCGGGCACCCAACAAUACAGGAUCUGAAUUCUUCAACUACAAGAAAUUUUUCAAUAUCAUCCUAUUGGCAUUGGUGGAUGCAAAUUGCAAAUUUAUAUUUGUAGAUGUGGGAGCCAAUGGCAGAGCUGGAGAUGCAGCAGUAUAUGCUAAUUCCCAGCUUUCCUAUGCACUACAGCAUAACACAUUAAAUACUCCACAACCAACUCCCUUGGAGGGCCGACAUGAACUAGUGCCUAGCGUUGUUGUCGGAGAUGAUGCCUUCCAACUAAAGCCACACUUGAUGAAGCCUUAUCCUAUGAGGGAUUUAUCUUAUGAGAAAAGAGUAUUUAAUUACAGGCUGUCAAGAGCAAGGAGAGUAUCUGAAAAUGCAUUUGGCCUUCUGGUCAACAGAUUCUGCAUCUUUCAAAAACCUCCACAAGUAUCACCAGAAGUUGCCAGUUCAGUUGUCUUGGCAAGUGUUUCAUAA